AUGGCGCUCUCCGGCUUCCUCUUCCUCUCAUGGCGCAUCUUCGAGAUCAUCAUCCUCAUCCCCAUCGUAGGCAUGCUCGCCUACUUCGUCCACCAAUACGUCCACGCCAACCUCCUCACACCCGACUACAUCCUCGUCCUCUUCAUAGUCUCAGUGAUAGCGCUGGCAUGGGCAGUCUUCACAACCAUCGACUACCUGCGCGCAAGGCACGACGCGCUGUUCGUUGGACUAUUCGACCUUGGCCUCGUUGGUGCAUUGAUUGCGGGUGUCUACUACCUUCGAAACAUUGCACACCAGAAUUGCACCAAUCUAGAUGCUGGAUUCAACAAUGGGAGUGGAUAUCUCUCCUUCUCCGCGAACAAGGCUUGUACUAUGCUCAAGGCGAGCUUUGCACUGGCUAUCAUUGCCAUCUUGGCAUUCUUCGUAACCUUCUCGCUCGAAAUCACCGCAAUGACGAUCGUGUGGUCGUCAAGCGCGAAUAUCGUACAUCCUCGCGCAACCAUAGCCGGCACCGUUCUCGCAGCCGUGAUGUUCGCGGAAGCCGUGAUGGUGGGUACGACAGGCCAUCUGGCUCCCGACGAAGCCACCACAGCAGCAGGCGGCAAUAUUAUGUGUAAACAAGGGAGACGAUGA